AUGGAACAAAAGUUGUCUUCAGCGGUGCUAAUGUUUCUCUUAUUUGCUACAUCCAUGUAUGUAAGUCAAGGUGUGGAAGUUGAUGCCAUUUGCAAGAAAGCUAGCAAUCCUUCAUUUUGUAGAAAUAUUGUGAAUUCAAAGCCUGGUGGAGCAGCUAAUGCAGAUCUUGUUGGCAUUGCUCAAUAUGUCGUUGAUGUGACACGUGUGAAUGUGACCAACACUAUUAAACUAAUUCACAGGCUAAUUAGACGAAAUGUUAACAAUUCAGAUGCAAGAGAGCAUUAUACAUUAUGCUUAAAACAUUUCAAUUAUGAAACGGGUGCCCUUAGAAGAGUUGAGCUUACAUAA